CUCCGACCGGAAGCGGAAGUGGCUGCCUCGCUGACGCUGGGAUCCCGGCUGCUGCGUCCAGAGAUGGGCUCCAAGGCCAAGAAGCGCGUGCUGCUGCCCACCCGCCCAGCGCCCCCCACGGUGGAGCAGAUCCUGGAGGACGUGCGGGGGGCGCCGGCAGAGGACCCCGUGUUCACCGCCCUGGCCCCGGAAGACCCCCCUGUCCCCUUCAGGACGGUGGAGGACACGGAGACCCCGGGGGAGCAGCUGUUCCGGCAGAGCCGGGCCUAUGUGGCUGAUACCCAGCGGCUCCGGCAGGCGGGCGACGCGCUGAGGCAGAGGUGCGAGCAGCUGCGGCGGGCCGGCGAGGACCUGGAGCGGGAGGUCGUCCAGAUGAAGCAGGCGGCAGUGCCGGGUGCCCAGGCUGCCUCUUGAGACUGACGUGUCGGGUCCCGCAGGCCUGGGCAGUGCACGAGGUGGCCCCGCCCAGGCUUUCCCUGUGGGUCCAUCAGCCCCAGACCGGCGUUCACUGGGACCCAGCUGGCGUGGGCAGCUGACACGGGUCCCCUCCGGACGCUGUGGCUGCAGUUCAUCUGUCGUCCCAUUCAUGCCCAGUUGGUGGGACCCACCCAGCUGGCUGUGACCUGAGGGCCC